AUGGCGGACCUCAGUUGGAUCACUUUGCUCCUGUGCCUGCCUGCUGCCCGAAGCUGGACAUAUAUCUGCUGGACGGUACAUUCUUCCCGGCGUGAGCUAAACACGGCCGGCAGAAGUAGAGAAAAACUCCACAGUGAUGUAAGUUGGUGGGCAUUGUUUCCGAAUACUGGCACAGCUGUCCCCUUGAGUAACUCUAUUCUGCCAACGGAGUGGCAGCAGACCAGACUAAGCUGGCGCCUGUGGAUUACAGCAUGGAACUCUCGAAGUCUUUGUCGUCAUUAG